UGACCAAUGAGGUGACAGGAGAGCCAAUCAACACCUUGACACGCUCUCUCAACAAGCUGUUCAGCAGAGGCAAUGGAGACAUCAUUGAAGUCAGAGGAACCAUGUCCUAACCCUCCUCCCUACUUCCUACCAGUCCAGGGUGAAGGAGAUGACACGAGCAUAUCUCCCUUCACUCCUCCUCCACCUGGUGCUAUGUGCUUCAUCAACCAGACCGCCACUGGUGGUGCCAGCCCCCCCAGGCAGAGGUUUGUCCAGCACUAUGAGACAGAGCUGGGUGAUUCUCCUGGUCUCAUCAGAUGUCCUUCCUGUCAGAACCAGGUGAUGAGUGAUGUCACUCACCACGCUGGAACCUUCUCCUGGACCAUGUGUCUGGUGUUCAUCCUCUGUGGGUUGUUGCUGGGAUGCUGUCUGAUCCCGUUUGUCUUCAGGAGUUUCAAGGAUGCCUAUCACACCUGCCCUCGCUGUGGCAUGGUCCUUCACAUCCACAGGAAGAGUUGUUGCCCCAUGACCUCUGACUCCUCCUCCCUGACCCCCCGCCUAGGGUCAGGGCACCCCGGUCACGCCUGAUAUGGAGGGGUGUGUUUGUGUGUGUGUCAUGUGUGCAUCCCAAACGGAACCCUACUCCCUAUACAGUGCACAACUUUCCACUAGGCCCCAUAGGAGUAGGACCAUAGGUCCUGGCUCUCACUAAAUGUAGUGCACUAUAUAGGGGAGACUGUAGCACGUCUGACACAGAGCUUAGUGCACUAUAUAGGGGAGACUGUAGCAGGGCUUAGGACACUAUAU